CACGGUAAUCCCGGCGAGUUGGCAUGCUUUGGAUUCAGACAAAAAUUCGACCAGUUCUUUGGCGAGAAGCCGGUAAAGGGUACUCCGCAGGGCGUGGCAGAGGAGGCCUUAUGUUCACUUCUCGCCCCGCCUGGACCCGUCGUUUUGCCUCCCUUCUCCCUGUCCUCGUUCCCGUCCUCGCCCUCGCUAUCGUGUCCCCCAAGGCUGCGUGCUCUCGUCUACGCCCUCUUUGCCUUUCUCCUUCUCCUUCUCGAUCUCCCUUUCUUUGCUCUAAAUCGUAUCACUUCUCUGGGCUGCCUUCCUCACUCGCCUAACUGGAUCGGACAAACCAGCCAGCCUUCUGAGAAGAUGAAGAAAAACCGACCAUGCGUCGGGAUCGCUGGAGGAGUCGGCUGGCACGUAGUCGAUGGCUUGGCAACCCGUUGCUCGGGCUCCGCGGAUCACUUGGUACUGUUUGAUCCGCUUCGGGUCGUGCAGACGCGAUACGCAAAACGAGACAGCUCGACUCCACCCUCAUGCCGCCUCAGAGAUCAGAUAAAUUGGUCCCUCGAACAAGACAAUCAAGCUGCCAUGACGACGUCAGGCCUCUUCAACAUAACCCUUGCUGUGCCUUCUGCCGUUAGUGACAUGUCCCUUGCCAAUCUCGGAAUCACGCUUUUGGUACCAUCUUGCCUGACAUACGGCGUCUUGUUUGGUCUUUUUCCUAUUCCCUACAAUCCAGGCUAUUCCGAGGAGGAGCGCGUGAUUUGCGCGUCCCGGCUCGUCCAGAGGAUUUGCGAUUUGGUGAUCGGCCAAAUGGCCGAGGAGAACUCGAUCUGCGCCAAGAUGGAAGAGGAGAUCGAGAGCCUGCGACGUCAAGUGGCUGUUAGCCUGGCCGGCCUCGGUCUUCCGCCUUUCCUGCCCGAUCGCGGACUCAGCAUUUGUCGUCUCAAACAGGUCCGUCUAUCCACCUAA